GAAUUGGAAGAUCAGCUGAUGUGAUCUGUCAAAAUAAUCAACGCGCUGUCUCUAUCAGUAAAAGAAUCGCACAAGUGGAUUUAUAUUGUUUUAAAGAAGAUUUUUUCCUUUUUUAUUGUGAAAAUUUGCGUUUUUUGUGCAAUUUAACAUUCAUAGUCUCUGUGUGGAAAGUUGAAUUGCAUAAUUUUUCACUGGCUAAAAUUAUUUUGUCUGUAAAGACAUCCGGAUACUGCCGCGCAACAACUUUGCCAAGAGCUAAAUUAGUGCGUCUGCCACUUCUCUUAACUUGUAAAGGUUUGGAAAAUUGGAUCAGCUCCUGGCGCCUACUUAGAAAGGAUUGAGCUCGAAAGAAAAUAAUCUAUUGUAAAACUAGAGCAUAUUUGUCUGCUUGAUUUGGCCUGAUUAUUGACUUGCUUGCUUGUUUGUUAUAAAUAAGGAAGAAAUCCAAAACGACCGCUAUGGAUAACAACGAAGACUCAGUUGAAUGCCCACUUUGCAUGGAGCCUCUUGAGGUUGAUGAUUUGAACUUCUUUCCUUGCACAUGCGGGUAUCAAAUAUGCCGUUUCUGCUGGCACAGGAUACGCACCGAUGAGAAUAAAUUAUGUCCCGCUUGUAGAAAGGAAUACACGGAGAAUCCUGCGGAUUUCACGCCACUGACUCAAGAGCAAAUUUUGGCGUUCAAGUCGCAGAAGAAACAACGCGACCAAAAGCGUAAGCAGAAGGUGCGCGUGACUGAAAACCGCAAGCAUUUGUCGAAUGUGCGAGUGGUGCAAAAGAAUUUAGUAUUUGUAGUCGGUUUGCCGCCUCGAUUGGCUGAUGCUGAGGUACUCAAGAAGCACGAGUACUUUGGCAAAUAUGGUAAGAUACAUAAAGUUGUGAUAAAUCCAAGUACCGCCUAUGCUGGGGUACAAGGCCCGUCGGCAUCGGCCUAUGUCACUUAUGUACAGAACAAUGAUGCUCUUAGAGCCAUACAAAGUGUCAAUACCCGUAAUAUAAUAAUCGAUGGCAGACUUAUCAAAACCAGUUUGGGUACAACAAAGUAUUGCAGUCAUUUUAUGAAGAAUCAAGUGUGUCCCAAAGGUGAUUGUAUGUAUCUGCAUGAGUUGGGCGAUCCAGAGGCUAGCUUUACUAAGGAGGAAAUGCAUCAGGGGAAACACCAAGAGUAUGAGAAACGUUUGCAUGACGCAUUGGUAGUGAGUUCGAAUAGUGCUAAUACGAGUGGUUCAAGUGAGACAAACCAAGCAAAUGGUAAUGGUGGUGUGCCUGUGUGGGGAAGUAACAGCGGGGAGAGUAGUCAGGGUAGCGCUAGUAAAAAUAGUAGUACAACUAAAACAAAUUCCAGUACGCCGCCACAGACCAUAACAUCGUCUGGUGUUUCUUCACCUUCACUACCAGCGGCGUCUAAUGGAGCUACGCUGGAGAGCACAACAGAUCCUUGUCCUACCUUAUCAGUUUCACCAGUUAAUAAAGAGCUUGUACCAACGAGUUCUGGUGAGGUUAAAAAUAAAAAGGAGCGCGGUAGACAUGAGAAGGUUAAAAAUGACAAAAGUGCAAAAUCAAAAAAUAAAACAACAAAUAGUUCAAACGAUGUAAAUAAAAGUUACGUCCCAAAUGCGCAGCGGGAAAAUAUCAAUAAUAAUGGUGAUGUCAAGGAUGGAUCGGAAUCGUCAUCCGCUGAUGGAAAUACGUCAAUAUUCGCCAGCCCCGUCCAAGAUCGAAACGUUACCCCAAACAAUAUGAAUAACAGUACAACAAAGGGUAAAAUUAGCAAGCCGAAGGCUUCUAAGAAAAAUGUCGACGAAAUUGUCGACAUUAAACCAAUUGAGGACUGUGAGCAUAAUUUUGGUGGCAGCGACAGCGAUAAGGGCAUUAGUAGUAGCAGUAAUAUAGAUACCACCACGGAACUAUUCGAAAGUCCGGAAGUAUCAGGAAACGAAUUCACCGAUAGCAAGGAAACUGAAACUAGCGAAGCAGACGAAUUGUUGGCAGAUAAAUCAUUUGAAGAAACUAAUUUGAAAACUGAUGAAAACGAAGAUCUUGUUAACAUAAAAACAGCACUUCCGCAACUUAAUCUAUUCGAUAGCAAGUUAACGCCAUUGUUUUCGCCUGGCACAACACUGCAGACACCAAAUAGUUCAGAAGACAAGGUUGAAGACCUGUCAAAUCAAAUGAAUAAUGUAAAAAUAUCACCAUUACCAGAUUUAUUAAAGGGCAUUGAAGAGCAACAGUUUCAACAUGUGCAUCCACAGCAACAAAAAGAACUGGCACGACUACUCGAAUUACACAAACAAAAUAGUUUAUUUGGAAAUUUGAAUUUAUUACAACCGAAUGUUCCACCAAGUGGUGUACAAAACCAUUUCGGCUUAUCUGAGAUUGGGCAAUCACCGCUAACAACUUUGGAGCAUGCAUCAGAACUUCUCUUAAGUCAAAAUCUGUAUGGCAUAAAUAUGUCGAAAUUCUUUGACUUUCAUAAGAAUCAGCAAUUGCAGUUGCAGCAACAUUGUGGUAACAAUGAACAGCAUCUUUUAAAUGGCAGCAAUGCGAUUUUAGAAAAUAACUCGAAUCCUUAUCAGUUUAUGCAACACUCGGGUCUAUCGAAUUUGCAGCAACAACAGCAACAACAACAACAGCAGCAACACCAGCAACAUCAACAGAAUCAGCAAAAACAUAGAAAUCUUGGUCAACUCGACUCAAUGCUGGCGUUGCAACAACACCAUUCUACCAUACAAGCGCCACAACAUAAUUUGCUGCAAAAUCAGCAUAACCGUAUGCAAAAUGAAUUCUCCAGUAAUUCCUUUGUUGACGACGACCUUGGCUUCGAUCCGUUCACAGAAACUCAAAAGGGUUUGGCUGAGCUGAUGGAGAAUGAAUUAGUAAAACCACAACACUCGAAACCCAAUUGCAAUACUAUGCGUGUCGGCGCCGACUCUAAUAUGAUGCAUCCACAACAUCCACUACAACAUCAACACAACAUUGAUAAUAUGCAACGUGCUCGUAUGCCGCCACCGGGCUUCAAUCAUAUGAAUUCGUUUGGAUUAAAUGCACCGCGGGAGCACAAUACAAGCAAAAUGAUGCCCUUCCUAAAUAUGGGUGCGGGUAAUAGAGGACAUUUGAACGAUAUGUCACAUUUGUCCGUUUUCAACACUUGGGAUUCACAUUUGCAAUCGCCACGACAUCAAUUACCAAACUUCAGUGAAAUGCAGGCACAUCAAAUGAAUCAAAAUAAUCGAAAUGGCGGUAAUUUGGGCAAUGACUGGACCGCGAUGGAUCCGGCCAUACUAUCUUUCCGGCAAUUCCCGUCAUGUCCCCAACCAUCUCAGAUGCUUCAUCACCAUCAACAAAAGGAUUUAUUUGCUCCACAUUUGGGACAACAACAACAACAACAACAGCAAAACAGUUUCGGCAACCAAACACAUGGCGGUGCCAAUAUGCACAUGCCAAGCAACCAGAUGAGCUCCCAAUCGGUCGCUCAAGCACAGGUUAAUGCUAAUGUCCAAGGCAUGUUGGAAUAUCUAAAAAAUAAUCAAUUAUUUUAAGCGACCGGAAAUUAUAACGAAAUUGUAAAACUAUUGCUUUUAAAUAAUAAAUCUAUCGCUUGCUUAUCUUUUGUUGGUUUAAUAGAUUAA